AUGACAGACACAACAAAUAAUAACUAUGAUAUAGAGAAUACUGAAAUACAGCAGCAAGAACCAGCUACGAACACAACUACAGAAAAUCUAUCAACAUCAUCAACUAAACAAUCCAAGAAACAAAAACCAAAUCCAAGAUCAAAUUCAAACUCAACCAAAAGAACUCAAUAUAGAAAUCUAAAAGAUAAUGAAAGAAAACAAGUCAGAAUAAUAGAUCCCACCAACAAUACAGCAUCACCAUCACCAACUCCACAAACAGAUCCAGAAGAUAUAGAAUUACCACGUAAAAGAUUUUAUAGACAACGAGCUCAUUCAAAUCCAUUUUCUGAUCAUAGAUUAAAUUAUCCAACAUCUCCACAAACAAUGGAUUGGUCUUCAAUAUAUCCACAACAAGAAUUGACUACUAAAAAAGUGGAGAUUGCUGAUAUAGGUUGUGGAUUUGGUGGAUUAAUGAUUAAAUUAGGUCCAUCUUUUCCAAAUCAAUUAAUUUUAGGUAUGGAAAUCAGAGUUCAAGUUACUCAAUAUGUUGAAGAUAGAAUUAUUGCAUUAAGAAAUAAUCAUUCUCAAGAUGAUUAUAAUUAUGGAAAUAUUGGAGUUAUAAGAGGUAAUGCAAUGAAAUUUUUACCAAAUUUCUUUAAUAAAUCACAAUUAUCUAAAAUUUUUUUUUGUUUUCCUGAUCCUCAUUUUAAACAACGUAAACAUAAAGCAAGAAUUAUAACAAAUACUUUAUUAUCUGAAUAUGCAUACGUUUUGAAAAAGGAAGGGAUUAUAUAUACAAUAACUGAUGUAUUGGAUUUACAUCAAUGGAUGAAUAAACAUUUGGAAGAACAUCCAUUGUUUGAAAAAUUAAAUGAGACAGAGUUGGCGAGUGAUGAAUGUGUUGAAAUUAUGUAUAAUUCUACUGAAGAAGGACAAAAAGUUGAUAGAAAUAAAGGUGAUAAGUAUGUUGCUUGUUUCAGAAGGGUGGAUAAUCCUGAUGAUUGUGAAUAG